ACAUUCGUCGUGUCGGAUGCACGGUGCGAAGUCGUGUCGCGUUCAAUCGUGUUUCGCAUCUUCUCCGUGGCCUCGUAUCCUGAGUUUUCGACGCACGUGAGUACCGAGGGUGCCGAAAACAGAGGGUCGCGCGUUCGUGCCAAGUGUGAAUUGGUGUAAAUCAAGUGGAGAAGGAUCGUCGUGAGGAUGCUGUUGUAUGGAUCUCGAAUGUUCGAGAGCCUAAACGGAGCGACCAGCGGCGAACGGUGAGUCAAUUUGUACUCGUAUCUACUGUUUAUUCGUCCCUACAAUUUGGUAUUUUCACCUCGUUCUCAUUGUAUUCGCGUAAAUUAUCGUCGGUACAGUGCGACGAAUCAGUCAGUCACGCAAAAGCGUUUGGGACAGGAACGAUUUGAAGUUUGUGUACUCGCGUUCGAUUCGGCGCUCCUUUCGCCGGGUAUGCCAACGGUCGCGGAUGGCUGAAGUCGAACCUAUACAUUGGCAUCGUAGUAUGUGUCCACGUUAUAGAGAUGGCGUCUCGAAAAAUCGCAACUUGUAUGUUCUGUGCUUGAAUCUGAAAAAUUCUGAGAUAUAACAGCUGAUUGUUGCAUGUAAUACGCACAAAUUAAAUUGGUUGUUAAUUACAAAUUAAACUGGUUAACUUGUGAUUGCCGAAAUUAUCUAAUAAAUACGUUAGAUGGGAUACGCUGUAAUAUUUCUAAAAAAAGAUGUUUCUUGUCUUCGAUAUGUAUAGGUUAUGAGGGCUAACCUAGAAAACUAAUCCGUAUUACCCGUAAUCGUAUCCUGCGGAAAAUAUUCGAUGAAGAUACGUUUCAUGAUAGUAAAAACGAGACAUACAAGGUGUUUAAAACGGACUAUGGCUAGCCAACUGGCGCGACAAAUGGUCAUGAGUCUUCUGCGGAAACCUCGGUUUCAUCAGUCACAGGCAUUGAAGCCGGUUUUACCGUUGUACUUGAACGGAUAUUCGCUCUACAUUGAAUCCGUUUUGCAAAGUAGAAUGCUGUGCAAGCGUGUGGACAUAGUAGAUCACACUUGCAAGGUAUCGAAUUAUGACGACUAUCUCAUGAACUACAGGCCGAUCCAACGGGUCUUGAAGAACACUCUUCAUGAAAUAUUGGGUGUAUCAAAAAUGGAGAUUAAUAAGAUUAUCGAGGAUCAUCCACAGUUGAAAAAGAGAUCCAGGGUGAAUAUUCUGAACAAUUAUUACACUCUAAUAGAGGCUGGUGUUCAAAAGGAUACCAUCAUAAAAAAUGUCUGGUUAUUGACACAUGAAAAAAAUAAACUGAUAGAUAAGCUUGAGUGCAUCAAGGUUCUUAAUAUGGACAACAAUCAGCUUGUACCAUGGCUGUUCCUGACCCAGGAGGAAUUAGCAAAUUAUGUACUCUAUACUCAACAGGAUAUGGAAUCUUAUACAUACAACAGAAUAGAAUAUCUUUCUCAUAAAUUCGAGUGCAGUAUACAAAAGUUAUGUGAAAUAACAGUACUAAAUUCAUUCUUAAUGAAGAUUCCAGUUUCUUCUAUAGAUAAGAAAUUGAACAUAUUGUAUGAAUAUAAUGUAAGUAAUAAGGAUAUACUGAAAGAUGUAUGGGUACUUCGAUAUAGCGAAAAUCAUAUACGUCACAGAUGCGAGUUAUAUAAAGAUACAGGAAAAUUAAAAAUAAAAACAUGGGCUAUACGAUGUCCGCUUAAAGUUAUAUCAAGGGCUAUUCAAAAGAAUAAGGUGGAACGUAACUUAAUGCAACAAUGUGAAAAUAUUAGCCAAUAUUUACAAAAUAAAUUGAAGGUCAACGAAGAAAUGCUUAAUUUAGCAGUCCAGAAAAUGCCAGGUAUUUUACGAGUGAAUAUAGUGAAAUUGGAUCAAUUAAUCGAUCUGCUACACCAAAAUGGAAUUACUAGCGACGAAAUAUUACGACAUGCACGAAUCUUUUACUUCAAUAUAGACACUAUACAGAAUCGAAUUAAAAUUUUAAGAAAGGAAGGUCUCAUUCCAAACCUUACUAUGCUAACACAAGCUGAACGAGUCUUUGAUCAGCAAAUGGAUAUGAACAGCGCACGGCAAAAAUUGUUGCAAGAACAUGGAAGUGUUAAGAAUUACUUACUUAAGAAAUUAAAUAUAGACGAAAAACUCUUCAACAAUACAAUUACGAAAUAUCCAUCUAUUUUACGGAUAAAUUUAAAAAAGUUGAUUGAAUUGAUCGAUAUGCUGCAACAAAAUGGCAUAACGAGUGAUGACAUAAUAAAUCAUCCAAAAAUUUUUUAUUUUAAUAUCAAAACAUUGGGUAAACGAAUUGAAAUAUUAAAAAAAAACGAUAUACCAUUAAGAAUUAGUUUAAUAAUGCAUAAUCAAAGAACCUUAGAACGGCGUGUAAAACUCAGAUUGUACAAAUCCAAAAAUACAUGAUUACAAUGUUUAUUAAAUUUUUUUUUAACAUUUUUCAAUGCAAUUAUUUUUGUAAUAUACAAAUUUGUUGUGAAAAUUAAAAAAAUAUAUAUUUAUUUUUAAAUACAGGAAAAAAUGUGAAAUAAAACGAAUGAACAAACGUAUUUGAUUAACUUAUGUUAUUUAAUUAAAAAAGGGAGAUCAUUGUUUAUAUAAAUAAUUUAAUAUCUUUGCACUCUAACUAUACUAUAAAUAGAUAGUAUCAGGUUCAUUUAUUUUUCGAUUUUUUUAUUUAAAAAUUAAAACAAGUAAUUUUGCUAGUUGACACUUUUUAUUCACAUAGUUAAAUUAUAAUUAAUACAUAGCAGUCUAAUUUACUCUCAACUGUGGAUAUAAAAUUUCUGGGACGCUUUUUAUUUAGUUUAAUGAAUUAUAUAGUUAUAAAUAAUUAAUCAAAAAUUUUAUAUAUAUAUUGUAU